CACAUUCCUAGUAUCACACAAAUUCUGAAGUUCAAAGUACUGAAAAUGACGACGCUGAACCGUCUCUUUGAUCUCCCUGAGCAGAUUUGCUAUGUCCAGUGUGGUUUCUGCGCCACCAUAUUACUGGUGAGUGUGCCAUGCAGCAGUUUGUCAAGAUUGGUCACAGUCAGAUGUGGUCACUGCAGUUGCCUCCUAUCAGUCAACAUGUUAAAAGCUUCCUUUCUCCCUUUUCAUCACUUAGCUUCACUUGGCCAAGACGUCGAUCAGGAAAAAGAUCAAGAAAUCUGUGUGGAAGAAGUGAAGUAUCCCGGGUUGGGCGAUUUGCGCAGCCCAUCCAUGGCGGUUUCUAAUAAUUCUGAAAAUGAAGAGUACACAAACACAAUCACACUGAAUCACAUUGUUAACAAACCUCCAGAGAAGAGACAACGAGCUCCAUCCGCUUAUAACCGUUUUAUCAAAGAAGAGAUCCAGAGGCUUAAAGCUGAAAAUCCAAGCAUGACUCACAAGGAAGCCUUCAGUACAGCUGCAAAGAAUUGGGCACAGUUCCCUCCAGUUCAGUACAAAAUAGAUGGUCCAGAUCAUGGAGAGAGCUCUAGCCAACUGAUUAGAGAGGAUCAAAAUGUUACAUGGAACUCUGAUGUCACUGAUCAGGUUCAGGAAGAUGGCGGAGUUUUUCGUGAGAGAAAAGCCCCAAGGCAGUCCAUAUGGGCAAGGACACCAAUCGAGUGAAGGCAUGCAUGACUUGCUUGACCUAAUCUGCUAUAACAAGAAAGAAAGCUGUCUGUUUCAGUUUUAUUGGGGUUGUUUAAGGGUUUGCUAUUUUAAGGUUUAGAUUCUCUAGGGAAUGAGGGUUUUAGUUGCAGAUCUACUAUAAGUCUCUCUGACUGAAAGAAAAAGACUAUCUAUCUAUAUAUCAAGAGUGAAUGUGUUAAUUUUCAAAUCAGAACUUUUUUCUAGUUCAACUCUAGCUAUUUUCAAGUGAGUGAGAUUUUCUCGAGUUCUCCAUUUUCCAUAGUUGUGACAGAUAUGGAAUAUUGCCUCGAGAAGGUGAUCGAGUAAAUUGGUCACAUGCUAGCUAGCACUCUUGUUACAGACAUUA